AUGACCGUCCCCAUGGCUCAACAACAACAACCCCCAUCCAAGGAUGCCGCCGUUGCCCGGAAGAGGAGAAGACGCGCUGCCGCUGGUGGUGCCGCUGAUGACUGCUUCUCGUGCUCUAAGAAGAACCUCAAGUGUGACCGGAGCCGCCCUUACUGCUCCCAAUGCCUAGAGGUCGGCCAGGAGUGCUCCGGAUACAAGACCCAGUUGACCUGGGGUGUCGGCGUCGCAAGCCGUGGAAAGCUGAGAGGGCUGUCUCUGCCCAUUGCCAAGUCGCCGCCGGUCAGUGGUGGAACUCAAAAGAAGUCUCCUCAGAGAUCUCGAUCGAGCUCCGCCGCAACGGGUCCGCAGUGGACCGGACAGAUAUCAACCUCCCCAAGGCGGAUCACCAGUCACGCCGAGCACGGAAUCACGGCCUCACCCACCGAACGCCAUGCUUCCGUAUCGCCGCCUCCAGCCUCCCUAUACAACUGCGGGUAUCUGGCUGUGUCGACUCCGUCGGACAGCAAUCUCAGUUCGUCUUCCCCAGCGAUCCAAGGCCAUUGGGACAAUCUGCAGUUCGCGAGUGCCAUGUCGAUCCCCGAGGGCGCCGAGUACAGGAAGCUGAGCCCUCAUCAUCAUCUUGCACCUCACGCCAUUACCCCCGACCCGCGCCUUUCCCCUUCCCUCGACUCGACGAGCGACGGCUACCUCUCGCCCAUGGCACACUCCUUCCCUCGCGUCGAUGAUAUCCCUUACAUCCACAGCCCUACCCUCAUGUAUGACAGCUGCACAACCCAAAACUCUCCCGUCGCCCGAAGCCCGCUCCCCAUUGUCAUGAUGGACCAGCACCACCAACAACACCAGCAUCAGCAGCCACAGCCACCUCCCACGUCUUGCCCCAGCCUCGUCUACGCCUCUUCAGAUCAUUCCUCUAGCUAUCCGUCACACGCAGAUUCUUUCGAGACUCAGCUGAGCCAGAGACUCAUGCGCGAGUGUGACAACCUGAGCGUACCCGAACUCGACACCCUCAGCACAAGCUGCGGCUCGACAGGCCCCGUAUGGCCAUCACCGUCAGAUCAAGACAUCAUCUCGCCGCGAUCCAAUGGGGACUGGGACUCUACCAGUAGCCAAUGGCCAACCGUAUACGAACCAUGCAAUGUACAUGUGAGCUCCGAGCUCAUCGCCAAGAUGCCUUUCUUCAUGGAUUAUUACAAGAACACCAUGGCUCCAUCCAUGGUCUUUAUCGACAGCCCCCAGAAUCCCUACCGAGAUCACAUCCUGCGACUCGCCGUCUCGAGCCAGAGCCUUCAGCACGCCAUCUGCGCCCUCUCGGCCUGCAAUCUUCGCAUGAAACGACGUCUUAGCCUAGGACAGGGGACGCGGGAGUUGUCGGAAAAACUCAUGGCUGAAAAGGCCGUUGGAGAAGGCAUUGGCGGCUCUACCGACCAGGCGCUGACGGAGGAGCAUCAACAUCGAAACUUGGCCGUCAACCUAUUGAAUCAACAACUUAACGACCCGGCGAAAGCCACCCACGACUCCGUCCUGGCGACGAUAUUAUUACUGUGUCACUACCGAAUGGCCGAAUCAGGGAUUGCCAGAUUCCACACUCAGUUUGCUGGUGUCAAGAAGAUAUUAGCCAUGAGGCAAGCUCAGCACGUCGCGCCUUCUGGUGAGACGGCAUGGAUGGAGGCCAUCUUCACUUACUUUGAUGCCAUUUCCGCUAGUAUCAACGACAGAGAAACGCAGCUUGGCGGAAGUAUGUACAGCAGGUUUCACGACAUUCCCUUGCUCCCUGCGGGGGCGGAAAACCUUGUCGGUUGCGAACGGGGGCUUUUCAAGACGAUCAGCAGGCUGGCCCGGCUCAACCUGCUUUCACAGAACAGACUCAUCCAGACUCAACAGCACAACGAAGGCCAGAGGCAACAGCCCGUCUCACCAUUCAUGUCCGGCAACACUAUGAAUGUGUUCGGAUACAACCACAGCUCGAGCAGUGCUCGGAGCUCACCCACCGACGCGCAACCACACUCGCCCUUCUCGUUGCCGCUUGGCCACUCUUAUAAGAGCAACCUUAGAAAGGUACACGCUCGGCAACUCAUGGAAGCGUACGGUUCCUCCUCCUCUUCUUCUUCCUCGCAUCGAUUCGACAGCAACGGCAACUUCGAUUCUUCUAGCCUUGAGGAUGAAGAGUUAUUGAAUACGUUAGUUACCUCGCCGAGCAGCUUCGACGACAACCGUGCCAGCUUCUGGCAGGAAUGGAAGGAAGUCAGGCAGGCGCUCCAAUCCUGGGAAUUCGACGCCAUGCAGCUCCAGGCGAUGCUCCCGAGCGAGACGAUGCCCGCGCAACUACGUGACCUCGGCUGCCUAUCUGAAGCCUUCCGCUACGCAGCCCUCCUCUAUACAGAGAGGCUUGCCAAUCCAACCUCGCCGAGCUCGAGCGCCAACUUCCAGAACCUCGUUAGCCAGGUCGUCUACUACGCCACCAGUCUCGACGUGGGUAGCCCCGCGGAGAAGUUCCUCCUCUGGCCGCUCUUCGUGGCCGGGUCCGAGUGUGUCAACGAUCUUCAGCGAAAUAUUGUGCGGGCCAAGUGCCGUGACAUCAUGGGCCGGUCGGGAUACAUGAACAACCUGGCAGCUUUAGAGAUUCUAGAGACUUUGUGGGCGGAGGAUGCGGGUGGCGAUAAGAAGAACGGGGAUGCGGGGAAGAUGGGUGCGUUUAACUGGACGAAGUGUAUCGGUGGUCGGGGAGGUGAAGUUGAAUGGAUCAUGUUUUAG